AUGGAACCGACGACGGGCCACCGACGGCGCGUGAGCCGGCCAGCUGGCCUCUCACCGUGCCAGGCCGCGCUCGCGACUCCUGCCUGGGCCAGCGGGCGCCUGGCUGGGCGGAGCAGAGGUGCGGAGCGACGAGGCAAAUCUCCCACCCAGGGCGCCCGCCUCGAGCGCCGUCGCCGCCCGUCCACGACUUCCACGUCGGCACUCACCCACGCAACCCGCCCACUUUCUCGUCCCCGUCCUCCUUCUCCUCUCCUCCCUCCCCUUCUCCCUCUUCCACCACCACCUCCGCACCCGUCCGCCGUCCUCCUCUGCCGUCGACGACCGCUCUCCGGGGACGCACCGCGGCCAACGACCAGCACCGUCUCUGCCCCGCGAAGCCGCCUCUCGGACGUGCUCGUUGCCUUUUUUUUUCCUUCCCCAAGACACGCGAGACGUGCGACGCGGCGAGCCCUCGCGUCCUCUCGCAACCCGCCCGAGCAUUUUUCUCGCCCCGGACCCGAAGCAGAACGGGGCGUGUCGCGACCUCCGGCCCUCAGCCCAGCCGCACCCAGCUGCACUCAGCACCACACUCGGCACCACCACCACCCAGCACCACACUCGGCACCACCACCCAGCACCACACUCGGCACCACCACCCAGCACCACACUCGGCACCACCACCCAGCACCACCACCCAGCACCACCACCCAGCACCACCCUUCCAUCGUCGUCGCCGUCAUGUCGUCGGGCGUGGUGCGCUCCACCGCCCUCAGGGCCGGCGGCGCCUGUGUGCGUUGCCGCAAGGGCAAGACCAAGUGCGUCUACGAAAACGGCCGCGCGCCGUGCAAGAACUGCGCAAAGGGCAUGCACGAGUGCUACCUGCCCUCGGAGAGCAUGGCUCAUCACCACGGCCAGAGCCCAGCUCGUCAUUCGAAUGCCCACCGCGCACCACGCGACAGUCUCCCGGCUCCGGGCGCCGUGGGUCCAGACGCCAGACUGGCCGCUGUGGGCGGCGGCGCAGGCUCCGCCCGUCACGUCCAGGCGGCCACGGAAAAACUCACGCCCGAGCUCAUUGCCGAAUGCGAGCGGGUCGUUUCCAAGACGUUCCCGGCCUGCGUCGCCUUCCACAAGCCGUCGUUUGUGCAGCAGCUCAAGAACGCGUCGCUCGAGUCGACGCUCGUCUACGGUCUCUUGACGUUUGCCGCCCGGAGCUCGCCGGCGCUCAUUCGCCGAUAUGGCACCCCCACCCAGGCGGCCGAGACGUUUGCCGCCAAGGCCAUGGUGCUGAUCAACCAAAACUUGGACCACCCCAACCUGGCCGACAUCCAGGCUCUCUGCCUCAUCAUCAUCCACGAGUGGGGCACGAGGAACGCGGUCCGGGCCUACAUCUACCUCGGCCAGGCGGCGCGCAUGCUGCACAUGUACCGCAUCCUCAACGGCCACCACGCCUCGGACACGACGGACCAGUUCCUCCGCGAGGAGUCGUUCCGCCGCACCCUCUGGCUCCUCUACAUUCUCGACUGCCUCCUGACGAGCACGCCCGGCCGCUUCCCGGCCCUCUCGGUGCAGGACACGGCCAGCGUGCCGCUGCCCUGCACGGACCUCAACUUUGCCUUUGGCAACACGGUCUACACCAAGACGCUGCUGCAGCAGCUCAACCCGGCGGCGCUCUCGCCGACGCCCCUGGCCCAGGGCGACAUUGGCGAGUUUGGCCAGAUCGUGCUGGCGGCGACGAUCUGGCGCGACGUGGUGGGCAUGCUGACGGCGACGAGCCUGCAGGACUUUAGCGAGGAGGACUGCGCCGGCCUCAUCGGCAAGAUCGAGGGCCUCCGCACCUCGCUGCCCAUGCAGUUCGUCGACAAGCCCGGCCAGAUCACGCUGCACAUGACGAUGGGCUCGGGCUACACGUUUGCCAUGCUGCACUGCCUGCUCCACUGCUCGACGGUCUUUGUCCACCGCCGCCGGCUGCUGCAGGAGGUGACGUCGCCCCACUUCACGGUGGACGCGUUUAACAAGAACCCCAAGUGCCACGGCAUCGUUGACCGCCUCUUCGCCUCGUGCCACGGCACCAUCCUGCUGCUCGACGCGGUCGAGGCGGGUGCCGACAAGGAGCACGCCACGUGCUUCCCCAUCUUCAUGCUCUUCUCGGCCUUUACCGCCAGCGCCACGGUGGCGUACCUGUCGCUCAAGGGCCUGACGCCGGCCAACGCGGCCGAGACGGCGGCCCACGUGGUCAAGGACGGCCUGCGCUUCAUGCAGGACGGCACGGAGAACUGGCCGCUCAUGUCGAGCUGGCUGCGCCACCUGACGGUGAUGCAGCGCGUGCUGAACAACGACGCCGGCGGCGCCGGCUCGGGCCGCUCGCGCCACGGCUCGCACCCGCACGGCGGCCUCAAGGACGAGGUGUCGUCCAACGCCGACACGAACCCCGACGCCAUGGACUACGACCAGCCGGGCGUCGGCGGCCACGGGUCGAACCCGGGCGCCCGUCAGGCGUCGGCGUCGGAGUCGCCGCGCGACGACUCGGAGCCCCCCGUGACGAUUCCUCGCCGGCCGGGCGUGACGACGAUCAACGGCUCGGGCGGCCUGUCGACGCCGGCGGCGGCCAACACGCCCCCUCCGGGCGCGCCGCCGGCGCCGAUGCAGGCGGAGGAGGUGAAGCAGCAGAGCCCCGACGUGGGCACCAACGGCGUCAUGGCGUCGCAGGAGGGCCAGACGACGAGCCAGGACAUGACGGCGCCGGAGCUGUGCCUCGCCUUUGAGCGCCAGCUGCUCGACCUCGACGACCUCGCCGCCUUUAUGGGCGGCGGCGUCUGA